AGGAGACUGCUAUUUCACAAGUUGUUGAGCGCAUGUUUCGCAAUCAUUUUUUUCUUAGAGCCUCUUCGAUAUAUAUAUUCUCAACUCAAACUGACCACUCAACUUCUCUUUAAUUAACUUCGUAAUUUAUCAUAAUUCAACUAGUAAGAUGUUUUAUUAUUAUAUUAUUAUUGUAUUAAAUGAACUUAUUUUUAUGUGGUUUUUUAAAUUCGUAUUAAAUUUAUUCUACAUUCUGUUUCGAUUUUAUAGAUGUAUUACAUAAUCUUUGCCAAUUUUCUAAUUUUUAUUGAGAAUUUGGAUAGAUUUAUAUUAUGAUCUGUAUUUAAACGUUGAUAAAGAAACGAUUACAUUCAAUUCUUUUCAUUAGCUUCAAAAUGAGGCAACUAACUGGGGCACAACUGGAAAGAUUACAAGAUAACCCGGAAAGAAUAAGAAAUUUGUGUGUUUUGGCACACGUUGAUCAUGGAAAGACUACUCUAGUUGAUACUUUAAUUGCUAGUAAUGGAAUUAUAUCAUCAAGAAUGGCUGGCAAGUUACGAUAUAUGGAUAGUAGAGAAGAUGAACAGAUUAGGGGAAUAACUAUGAAAUCUAGCUCAAUUUCUUUAUGUUUCUCUGAAACUGAAGAAGCUAGUAGUGAUAAAUACUUAAUAAACAUCAUAGAUUCUCCUGGUCAUAUAGACUUUUCCAGUGAAGUUUCAACUGCUAUUAGACUAUGUGAUGGAGCUAUUCUUAUAGUUGACGUUGUUGAAGGAGUUUGUCCUCAAACAACGGCCGUUUUACGUCAAGCUUAUAUAGAGAAGAUUACCCCUAUACUCGUUUUAAAUAAGAUUGAUAGGCUUAUCACAGAAUUGAAAAUGUCACCAAUGGAAGCAUACGGAAGACUAAAACGAAUAUUAGAGAACGUAAAUGCUAUCGUUGGUCAAUUAUUUGCCUCGAACGUUAUGGAAAAAGCUCAAUUAUCCAAUGGCAACUCGAAAGAUGGCGUAUUCGAUUGGAGUUCAGGAUUAGAAGAUGUAGACGAUGAAAAUAUAUAUUUUGGUCCAGAAAAAGGAAACGUAAUUUUUGCUAGUGCAACUGAUACAUGGGGAUUUAGUAUCUUUGAGUUUACCGAAGUACUAUCAAAAAAAUUAGGAAUGAAUAAGAAUGCACUUCUUAAAACUUUAUGGGGAGAUUAUUAUUUCGAUUCAAAGACAAAAACAAUAAAAAAAGGUGCCAUAACUAAAGGAAAAAAGCCGAUGUUUGUUCAAGUGGUUUUAGAUAAUUUGUGGACCAUUUACGAAGCAGUUUUAGUUAAAAAAGAUCAAGAAUUGGUUGAGAAAGUUAUUAAAUCGUUGAAUUUAAAAGUUAAUACAAGAGAGGCUAACCAUAAAGAUUGUAAAAUAAAACUUAACGCCAUACUAUCUGCUUGGCUACCUAUUUCAAGAGCUGUGCUAAGAAUGACUGUAGAAAAACUACCGAGUCCUCUUCAAUUAGUACCGGAGAGGAUAAAAAAUUUUCUCGCUGGUUAUAAUAAAUCCUUUGAUUGCCUUCUACCAGAAACGAAGCUUCUUUACAACGAUCUUAUUUCUUGUUCUUCAAACGAGAAAACUGCACCGUUAAUAGUUUUUGUUUCAAAGAUCGUACCAAUAGAAAAGAAAUUUCUACCAGAAAAUAAACCACGACUUUUGACUACCGAAGAAAUUGCUGCUAAAAGAGAAGCCGCAAGAAAAAGGCACAUGGAAGGAUUAUUAAAUAAACUGGAAUCGCAAACUAUCGGAAUUGAAAGUCAGAAAGGAGAAACUAAUAAUACUAAUAAAGAGGAAACGAAUAAUGAAUCGCAAACAAUUCCAGAUGUUGAACUGGACGAGGAAUUUAUUGCUUUUGCUAGAAUUUAUAGUGGAACUCUUCGUAAAGGAGAUGAAGUACUGGUAUUAGGACCUAGACAUAACCCUCAAGUAGGUACAGAAGAUUUUAGUGGAAUACCUAAAGUAAAAGUUGGAAAUUUAUAUUUGUUAAUGGGAAGGGAACUUGAAAACCUUAGUGAAGCUAAAGCUGGGAGUGUAUUUGGUAUAGCCGGUUUAAGUGAUAGUAUUAUUAAAAGUGCUACUAUUUCUUCAACACCGUUCUGUCCGGCAUUUACCGAAGUAUACGCAGAAUCUCCACCUAUCGUGAGAGUUGCUAUUGAACCAGAAAACCCUUACGAUAUGUCAAAAAUGAUUAGUGGCCUUAAACUUUUAGAGCAAUCGGAUUCUUGUAUUCAAGUAAUUCACGAGUCGACGGGAGAAAAUCUAUUGUUAACCGCAGGAGAAGUUCACCUUCGGAAAUGUAUCGAUGAUCUUGAAAAUAAAUACGCAAAGAUAAAAGUUACCGUUUCUUCUCCAAUAGUACCAUUUAGAGAAACUAUUGUUAUUCCACCUGAAAUUGACAUGGUUAACGAAUCAUUGAAAGAUCAAAAGAAAAGUGUACUCAAAACUGAAUCAGAACUUAAAAAAGAAGAUAAUGAUUCGGGAAAUGACGAACCCGAAGAAAAAAUUGUUAUUUCUAACGACCGAGUAACGUAUUCGGAUGAAUUUUUUACCGUAACAGUGAGGGCUAAGCCCCUAGAAUUAAAAACUGUUCAGAUUCUAGAAGAGAAGAGAAAUGUUCUUCGAUUAUUAAACUCAGGAAAGACCAGCGCUGAAGUUAUAGAAAGUGUCAAAUCCUCAUUAGAUGGGUCGUUGAAAGAAGAAGGUUUCAAUUGCAAUAAUAUUUGGGCUUUUGGCCCACGCAAAUGCGGUCCAAAUAUUCUGUUUAACAAAAUUUCAAACUAUGAAAGAGAAUCAGUAUUUGCUGGAAAGGUUUCUAAAUUGAGAGAUUACGAUAAUUCGAUAGUUUCGGGUUUUGAGAUGGCAACAUCUGCGGGACCAUUGUGUGGUGAACCCAUGCAUGGUGUAGCGUUUAUUGUUGAAGAAUGGGAAAUAGUUGAAGAUAAAUACUCGGCUGGUCGAGUUAUGACUGCUAUGAGAAAUGUUUUCAGGAAAGCAUUUGAAAUUCAGCCGCAAAGGUUAAUGGUGGCCAUGUACGAGUGUUCAAUAUUAUGUUCUGCAGAGGCACUUGGAAAAAUGUACGGAGUACUGUCUAAGAGAUAUGGUAGAAUCUUAUCCGAUGAUAUGAAAGAGGGAACCGAUGUCUUUCAAGUGAACGCUCUAUUGCCAGUUGUUGAAUCUUUCGGAUUUGCUGAGGAGAUACGAAAGAAAACAUCCGGUUCAGCUUUGCCUCAACUUCGGUUUAGUCAUUGGGAGGCUCUUGAAAUGGAUCCCAACUGGGUUCCAACAACUGAGGAAGAAUACAUGCAUUUCGGUGAUAAAGCAGAUAGCGAAAAUCUGGCAAGAAAUUAUAUGAAUCGAGUAAGGAAAAGAAAAGGAUUGAAAACUGAUGAACAAUUAGUUCAAUUUGCUGAAAAGCAGAGGACGUUAUCAAAAAAGAAAUAA